CUCUAAGACAGUAUGUAAAGGAUAAAGGAUUUAGAAUUCGUCAGUGAAACAGCAGAACACUGCGCUGAUAAUAUCAGAGUAGUAAACAAGAUGAAGUUAAUUCACUUGGUGCUGCUUUUUGGAUUCGUUGCCGUUCUAUGCGCAGAGCAAAAAAUAAAAGUUCAAGAAGAUGCUGUUGAUGAUACUUCCGAAUUAGACCAUUCAGAAGACGAAGAAAAAGAGGAUUUCACCGAAAGGAAUGACCAUGAAGUCGAAGACAGUGACCCAGAAGAAAUAAACGAUGAAGACGAAGAAGGAAAUGAUAUUAAAAAGAGCGACAGCGCUGUCGAAGAAAAAGAUGGCGAGGAACAAGAUCCCGCGGCCUGGUUUUCACGCCGCCGACGAAGAAGAUCUUCCCGCCGACGAAGAUAUUCUCGCCGACGUAGAUAAUAUGGCCGACGAAGAAGAUCUUCCCGCCGACGACGAUGAUUUUAUUAUCCACGACGAAUCAUCAGGAGCCCAUUUCCAGGAAAAUAAACACAUUCUUUUGAUUAUAUUUUACCAAUAGGGUUUUAGCUUUUGUUAUUUUUAUGUUCCUAUAACCGAGCAAACAGAUACAGCUAAAUACUGAUCUUUUCAUACUGAAGUUAAUACAGAGCACAGAAUUUAGUUCGCUCAUUAUGUCAUUGUUUGACAUUUUUAUAAAAAAAACUCAUUUUAAACCAUUUAAUGGCGCAUGUGCCAGAACAUAAUAUUACAUGUUUUGCGAAGCACAAAAAAACUAUAUUUCUGAGGGAA